CAGAGAACUUUCCGGGGACGUGCGGGUAAAAGGGCGGAGGGAAAGGUUUGACGGGCUGAGCGAGCUCCGCGCGGAGGCCGGAAGUAGUAGCCGCUGUCGCCUCCUCCUCAGGAACCGUUGAACGGCUGGUUCCGCCUCGAGCGCUGCCUUUCCUCGUUCGCCCGCGGCCGUUACUUCGGUUGGCUCCGCCCCCCCGUUCCUUUUCGCCCAUGGCCGAGUUCGAUCUGUUCGGCGCGCCCCAGCCGGCGGGCAACGGGACGCUGGGCGGCGGCGAAGAGGACCCGGCCGCCGCCUUCCUGGCCCAGCAGGAGAACGAGAUCGCGGGCAUCGAAAAUGACGAAGGCUACAACAUCCUGGAGAACGGCGAGGUGCCGGCGGGGCUGCAGGGCCCCGAGGGGCUGUCUCCGGGUGAGGAUGCAGUUGAUGGCGUGACAAAUGGUGAUAUCUACCAGGAGAGCAACGGUCCAACAGACUGUUACAGUGCGAUUUCGCAAGCUGAUCGUCUGCAGACAGAACCGGAGAGCAUCCGCAAAUGGAGAGAAGAACAACUGGAGCGCCUAGAAGUUCUCGAUGCAAACUCUCGAAAACAAGAAGGAGAAUGGAAAGAGAAGGCAAUAAAAGAGUUGGAAGAAUGGUAUGCGAGACAGGAUGAACAGCUACAGAAAACAAAAGCUAACAAUAGCACAAACAUAAACCAUCCUUGCUACAGCCUAGAACAGGCAGCUGAAGAAGCCUUUGUGAACGAUGUUGACGAGUCCUCCCCGGGCACCGAGUGGGAACGCGUGGCUCGGCUCUGUGACUUUAACCCCAAGUCGAGUAAGCAGGCGAAGGAUGUCUCCCGCAUGCGCUCCGUGCUGAUUUCGCUCAAGCAGGCUCCGCUGGUUCGCUGAAGGGGGGAGAGGAAAGCACACGAGACACUACAAAUGCAAUACCUUUACUCAGAGAAGCUGUGUUUGCAGUAAUUGGAUUAAUUAUGUUUCAAUGUUCUUUUGGACCAAACCUCAUGAUGUAUUUAGAGUUUGAUCAUUGUUUGUGAUUGCAUGUUCUUCUCUCCAUAUGUGUCCUUCCAGUGUUCCAACUGGGGGGGAACUUCCAGGAUUGUAAUCUCAGUGCACUCACGCAGCUGAGAUUCCAUUUUCAGCUGUAAUGAUAUUAAAAGCCUGUUUAAACAGCUCUUUUUUUUGUGUGUGGGGCUAAAUAAACAAAAGCAGCUUUCCACUCCUAAAAGAUGUAGGUUAUGUGCCAGUAUGUUCAAAGGUGGCCUGUACACUUGUCCGUAUGAAUUUUUCUCACUUGCAUAAAGGGAUUCCUGAAAUAGUUCAGUUUUAUUGACGAUGGAGUGUCUCGUGAAGGUAAUCUUUUAGCCAUAUUGAUGGCCCCUACACACAACUACAGGACAAAAUCUCUUUACAUCCCAAUCAGUGCACCCCCUUUGCCCCUACCUGCUCUGUUGUCAUUGCUGGAGGCUUCUUUCUUACACCUGUAGCUUCAGCAGGCGAUGCUCUAGCCACUUGACUAAGGCAGAUGGUUGAGGGAGGGAGGACGCACCCACCUCCAUCUGUUGGCUUAAUCUGGAGCGGAAUUGUCUGUGGAUACAGAGGAGGGAAUAAAAUGCAGACCAAGCAAAUUGUAAGUAGGUGCAGGGAGAAUAAGGUUAAAAACCCAUGGAACUGCAGGAGGUGUGUGCUGUAAUGUGCUGGGAAAUCGAUGGCUUCUUUAAGCAUAGGGUUGGUAAAGCCAAGGCUGGUGGCUUCUUCCACUCUUAUGAGUGGCACAAGGGGGAAUUUCUCCAACACCACCUAUGCAGUUUCCCCUGAACCCGCCUCACCUGUUCUUGAUACAGAUAGCGAUGCCUAUGGUAUAACUCCUCUUCCCUGCAGUGGACUCAGGGGUCUCUGGAGAGGAGGCAAAUUAAGCUUCCAGUGACUCAGUGGAGCAGUUAGUGUAGAUUAGCAGUGUGUCACACAAGGGGCAGGGAGACCUGGGUUCUUGGCUUUGAAGCUCCCUGGAUGAUCUUGGACUCCUUACUCUCAGCCUAGCAUCUCUUUCGGUACUAGGACAAACAGAAUUGUGAAUGCUGCCCCUCGAUCCUUGCCUAAAAGACAAGAGCAAGGAUGGGAUUGUGAAUGCUGCCCUGUUCUUGUCUUACAUUUGCUGAGGAAGCUGAGUGGUUUCUGUGCCAGUGGCUCAUUUCCCCUCGUGUCCCAGAAUCUCUCGUUUAGAUAAAUGGGGUCCUAGUGACUAUCUCCCGGAUGCAGCCUAGGAGUGCCUCCUAGCUAGUUCAGUCUGCUUGAACAGGAGGAUGGUUGGGGUCUGUCAAAGGCUUCUCGUGGGAUAUCGUGUUUUCUUUGCUCUGACAAGGGGGAAUGUUCCCACAGAAGAGUUCACUCAUGGCUGUGUCCGGUGGCACACCCAACAGCCAUUCUGGCAUUGAAAGGAGUGGGGCGAUGCAGCUAUGUUGGGGCACCACCCUGAAGAAUGGAGCAUCUAGACGGUUCCCAAGAUGCCUGCUACCAGAAGACUCUGGCUUGUGGGGUGACUCUGGCCUACCAUAAGCCAGCGGUCCUUCUCCCCCACUGAAGGAAGCAAACUGCACCCAGAAGUCUGUAACUGGAUCCAGCAGGAAACAGUCCCAGCCAUCCCUAAUCAUGUACUUCCGUCUACGUUCUGUGACCUCAUCCCUGCCUUGAUCACAGGGCCAGCUAGGAAACGAAUCCUAAGGAAAAGGCUAAAAUGCGUGAUAGAGUGCAGGUCAAGCCCAAGCCAGAUGUGCUUUUGGGAAUCCUCUUGCUACAGCUUGCCUCCCCCAUCCAAAUAUGAGGAUUUCAACUCAGAUCAUAAGGAAGCUAUUGGGUUGAGUGGGAAUGACUGAAGCUUUUCUUCAGCCAUCUGUCAGGGAGAGGGGGGGGAAGAGCUGGGAAGAACUAGCUGAACUCUCAUUAUCCACUUGGUUCAAUGAGGAUUUUCAGUCUUUAUAACCGAAGCCACCUUGGAUGAGUCUUGGAGCACUCUAAAGAUCUGACUCUUGCCUGUAAACUAACAUUGCCAGAUUGGUCUUGCCAACAUCUGCAUGCAGUACCAACAGCCACUGCCUUUCUUGGUAAAAACCUGCCCUAGCUUGCUAUUGUCUGCUAUAGGGGGUUGUGCGGCAGACUGGUUUCUUAGGCAAGACAUUCCUUCACAGGUACACUAUAGCAUACCUACAGCUCUGAAAAUGUAGAUGCUAAUUAAGUUUUGUUUUCCAACCGCUUCUCGGCAGAAUAAGCUCUGUGGGGAAUCCCUCGAUCCAGCUAUCAAAACAAAAGAUUGCAUUCCUAUGUAUAAUCCAGUGGUUGUAAACAGUGCAAACUACCAUGGCUCAGAAAGGAUAGAUUCUCACCCCCCUCCUUCAGUAAUACUAGAAUUGAAUGCAACAGAAUUUUGCAAGGAUGUGUAUAAUCCUACAGCUUUUCUACCAAAUACGGGAAUGGUUCCUAUCACUUGAAAAUCGUUUCAAGAAUUAUCGCUUUGUUCCUAGAGGAGGUCUUUCUCCAGACUUUGAAAAACAACUUUUUUUGUCCUACCCACCUUCAACCAUCUGUCAGGUAGUCUAGAAAUCAGAGGGUGCAUCAUUGCUGCAGACGUUCUUGGAUAAUGACUUGCUGUUCUUCGCUGUUUGUAAAAACAGUCGGAUUUAAGAGCCAUCCUCAACUUGCAUUACCUCCAGCCCAGGAAAUUCCAUAUGGAGAUACUGAGCUGCUUUGUGGAUAACUGGGGAGGAGGGAGGCACUUCCCUGGCCUCAAGGAGCUCUCAUAAGCUUACCUGGUAUGUUCUAGUAUUCUGGCAUGCUGAAUGUUCUCAGUUUCUUUACUGGGACAGGUAUUACCAAGUCGUGUCCUUCCCUUUUGGCUGGUCUUAUUUACAAGAACAGCAUUCCCAAAACUCAUGGGGUUGCAUCCCAGGAUUUCCUCCUGCUAACUGAGCAGUCUUGCUGAGAAAAGUGAUUCUUCCAUGGUAGACAGACUCCCUCUGUUGGAACAAGACCCCCCUCUUAGUAGGAAAAAGUUCCUGGAUGCACCCUAUGGUUGUUCCUAGUGGGUCAACUUAUGCUCUGUGUGAUUGUCUGUUUCUCCUUGGACAGCGUUGUCCUCACCGUACCAGUAUCAUAGUGAGUUGCUCCAGUGAAUGGCUGCCUCAUUGGUGAGUCAUACUAGCUACAGUGCAUCCCUUGGCUGAGAGUAAUCACUGAUGAAAGGCAAUUGUACUCUAGUUUGCUCUAGGAAAAAGGUGUCGACCCAAGUGUGAGAGUUUACUGAGAUCAAAUCUAGUCAGUUUCUUCCCAUUCCUGGGUCACCUUAUCACACUAGUAAUGCUGUUUUACCUACUAGUAACUUGUUUAAAGGGAGACUGCCAGGCUAGAACUUCAGGGACAAACCAAAAGAAAUAUCCUGCCCAUAAUAUAGGUUAAAAUGAUCAAAUAAGUAACAUGGCCUUAUUUGGGUAUAGGUUGUAAUUGUGAUCUCAAACCUCAAGAGUUUGGCUCCUGGGCAAAUACGGUGGUUUCAUACCUAAAAUGUCUGAAAAUCCUUAAUCUGGGAGAGGGAGAGGUUGUGAGAAUAUAUAUCAGUCACUUCUGAAUGCAGACAAAAAUGAUCACUGUACAAUACUAUAGUGUAACCCUGGUAACUGUGUUGAUCUAAAUCUACAUCAAUAUUUUAGUUUGCUUUAGGGUUGCCAGCCUCCAGGUGGGACCUGGGGAUCUCCCGCUUUUACAACUGAUCCCCA